AAUUCCACUCUUUCCAGACUGCGAGUGUGUGCAUGUCCGGUGCUGAAACUCAGCCCAUUCCCAGCUAUAAAUAAUAACCAUAAAAGGUCAGUUUUGAGUAUGAGAACAGAUACAGUAGUUAUCAGAGAGAAUCUAAAAAGGUUACACCUUCACUGAAGGAAUGCAGUAUUUCAAAAUAAAGUAGGCGUCUUUUCCGACACCUAAUUCAUCACCACUGUUGGAUUGGUCACAGUUGACCUCUUUUAUUAGUAAUACCCUCUGAAUACAUGUGCCAGCCUGUGUGAUUACCCACACUGUGCAUGGGUUUGCUCCAGUUUGUUUACUUUGGGAAGCUGUCUCUCACUGAAUCUUAUCACAAGAGGGAAAAUAAGUUAUGUAAGUUCGGAAAAUUUAGGGUGGAGUAUAUAAAACACAAUAGCCCACAGUUUACAAGCGAAUAUUAAGUCCAGAGGUAAGCAAUGAGGGUUUUUACACUCUGAUGGAAAGAGAGUGAGAUUGAGGUGAAGCGCUUGGAUUGCUGGAGCUGAUACGAAGUGGGCAAAAAGACAGAAUGGCUUGUGGAGCAGUUGCGGCGGCUGCAGCAGCGGCUGCAGCUGUAGUGGGAGGAUCCCUCUUAAACACCACCAUCGAGGAAAUAUCCAAGCAAAUACGCACCGACAGGAACAUCUCAAUUCAGCUCAGCAAUUUCAGCCAUAAAUACAUCCUAACAAACCCGAGGGUUUUCACCAGCAGUGGAUAUUCACACAACCCCCCUCAGCCUACGAUACAGAAGAGGACGAUCGAGGCGUGUUCCUUCACCAAAACCGCAGGAACAGCAUGCGGAGCCGUCGGGGUCCUGACCUACGAGAUCUGCAGACACGAAGACAAACACUGGGUUGGAGAACUGAUGAUAAUGUUCUCCGUGCCGUACGACUACAACCUGUACGAAAACUGGUUUGCUCUGGGCGUCUCUAAAGAUCGCAUUUCCUGCAACGAGCAGCUGUUCCACCAGAUGUAUUACGAUAACGGCUCCUUCACCAGAGCCAAAAGCACAGGCAGCGAAAUCAAGUUCUUGGGGAAACACGCAUACGUGAAGGGAACGAUGUCUCCUGCAGGCAGGUCCAUUAUGAAGGUGGAGUUCUGGGACUUGGAGACACACCAAAACUAUCCGUACGAUCCAAAUUACAUAAUGAUAAAGUAGACACUUGGUGGCAGAAACUGGAAUUGAUGAAAUUGGUCCCAGGGUAUGUUUUUUAUGUGUAAUGGUUAUGAUUCAAAUAUUAAACAUUUUAACCAAUCAUUUUAAAGUGCUUUAUUAUGGUUGCGUGUUGCAUUGUGGUUGCAUAUUGUCGUCCGAUUCUUAGAAUUCUCCUUUAUCUGCGUGUUUGUUUGCCAUGUAACACCUGGAACACCUUGACAACCUUUUAGAAACAUCUUAGCAACUCACCCCUUUCCGUUGCAUCACCUUUGGCAAUCAUCAAACAUUCACACAUGCAAUCCAGACCGUUCUCAUACAGAGGUCCCCAAUGGUGGAACAAACUACCUUCCACUACCAGAUCAGGAGAAUCUCUCGCUAUCUUUAAGAGACUCCUGAAGACAGAGCUCUUCAAAGAGCACUUACUCUCCUAACAUCUCUAACUAACUACCUUCUACUACCAGAUCAGGAGAAUCUCUCACUAUCUUUAAUAAACUCCUGAAGACUGAGCUCUUCAAAGAGCACUUACUCUCCUAACACCUCUAACUAACUACCUUCUACUACCAGAUCAGGAGAAUCUCUCACUAUCUUUAAUAAACUCCUGAAGACAGAGCUCUUUAAAGAGCACUUACUCUCCUAACACCUCUAACCAGCUACCUUCUACUACCAGAUCAGGAGAAUCUCUCACUAUCUUUAAUAAACUCCUGAAGACUGAGCUCUUCAAAGAGCACUUACUCUCCUAACACCUCUAACACACUAACUACUUCUAACCUCAUUUCCUUCUUCCCCUCCUUCACUUCUCUAUCCCUUUAUUUCCCUUCGACCUCCUUUAAGCCCUAUCUAAAAAUGGUUUAUCUUAAUUCAUAUUACUUAUUCCUAUUACUUUGUACUUGACUAUUGUAAGUCGCUUUGGACAAAAGCGUCUGCCAAAUGUAAUGUAAUGUAAUAUAAUGUAAUGUAAUGGCAAUCAACAGCUAUAUGAUAGCAAAACCUUAGCAACCAUUUAGCCACCAAUUAACAACAUGUUCGCAGCCAACAGCCAUACCAUAGCAACCAACUUGCAACCACUUAGCAUCAACCUAGCAAGCGCCAUGCAUAACAUAGCAACUGCUUAGCAACCACCUCGCAACACCUUAUGCAUCCACCAAGGUUACCAAAGCAACAACAUAGCAACCAUAUGUCAGCACCUUAGCAACCACCUAGCAGCCACUUAGCAAGCACCUUGAAUACCAUAGCAACUUCUUAGUAACCACCUAGAAACCUUAGCAUUCACAUAUCCAUAGCUUAAAAACAACCUGGGAUACUGUACCAUAACGAUCAGUGUAAAUCAUAUUAGCUGCACAACCGUCCUUCAGGAAAUCCACUUUUCUACUUUUUUUCUUAAUUAAAUUUAAUUUAAAGUAAUUAAAUCUCUGGAGUUAUCCAGACCGCCAAUAUUUACAUGUGUAGUUUCAGGCUUUAAACAUGUUUAAGGUUAAAAUGUAUGUAAUAAAUAAAGAUUUCUGUUCUGCUGUUUUGAGAAUGACUGCUUAAAUUCAAAAUAAAACUUUUUCUAUCCUCCAA